GGCGUUUGUGUAAUAGGACCCUCAGCUGGGAUAUAUUUAGAGAGGGACAACGCACAAUACAAAAAACCCAGCUUGAACCAUCAACACAACUUCUCAUCACUACACAAAGGUGUGAAAUUCGAGCAUAAAAAAAAAAGAAAUGUCAGGUAUUAUGAAAAUGUUUGGCAAGGAUGAUGAUAAGGAUAAAGAUAAGGACAAGGACAAAGACAAGAAAGACAAAGAUAAGAAGGACAAAGACAAGAAAGGAGAUGAUAAAAAGGACAAGAAGGACAAAAAGAAAAAGGAGAAAAAGGAUGGUGAUAAGGGAGGCAGCAGCUCCAGCUCUGAUAGCGACUCUGAUGGAGAAAAGAAAAAAAAGAAAGAUAAGCAUUAAGAAUUCUUAAGCAGAGGAUCCCGGCUGCAUGCACAAGAUCAGUAUCUGACCAGCAUUCUAUCACAUAUUUUUGCAUGUUCUAUGUACAUGAUCUAAGUUAUGUAAAAUGCUAUGUUUUGACAGUUAGAAUAAACUUUUAACAGGUUUGUACAAAA